CGCUAACCACACAUGCGAUUGCGUAUAAAAGCGACGCGUGCGCACCCUUUGACGUUCACAGCAGGCCAGACCCGACGACGUACCUAAGCAACAUGAAGGUUCUAAUUUUGGCUGCUAUCCUGGCGGUGUGCAGAGGAGCGGCCGGCAUCGUGCCCGUGGCUGCUCCCCUCGCGUACGCGAGACCCUACGGCCUCGGGCUGCAUGCGCCCCUAGCCGCCCCGCUCGCCGCUCCGCUCGUGGCCCGACCGGCGCUUGCGGUCGCAAGGCCAGCCUUCGCAGCGCCCUAUGGUGUACCAGCUCUGGCCAAAGUCGCCGCCCCCGUUGAAGACUACGACCCGAAUCCCCAGUAUUCUUAUGCGUAUGACAUCCAGGACGCGUUGACUGGCGAUUCAAAGAGCCAGCAGGAAUCCCGAUCUGGCGACGUGGUCCAAGGCUCGUACUCUCUGGUGGAGCCCGACGGCACCCGGCGUGUGGUGGAGUACACGGCCGACCCCCAAAACGGGUUCAACGCGGUGGUGCACAAGGAACCCCUGGGUGGCGUCGUCAAGGCAGUAGCGCCCGUCGCCGCCGCGCCUGCCUACCUCCACUAUGGUGCAACUGGACAGAGCUCGAACCAGUACCCGCAGCCGCAGCGCUUGGGCACGCCCUGGUGCAGCCACAUGUACUCCACGUGCAUCUGGUCCGGGUGGCACACGCAGCCCAUCAAUCGGUUCACGUACGCGCUCGGCACCAGGUUCGGACGCUCUCUGAGGUCUUCUCGAAGUGAAGUCACACAAACACCUUUCCCAAACGCAAUGGCUUUCAAGCUGGUAGUGUUGGUGUGCGCAGUCGCCUAUGCGCAGGCGGGCGUGAUCGCGCCCGCUGCGUACGCGCACCCUGCGCCGGUCGCAUAUGCCGCGGCACCCGUCGUGCACGCCGCUCCGGCCGCGCCGCUCCUCCACGCACCAGUAGCCUACGCCGCCCCUGUCGCCAAGGUCGUCGCCCCCGUUGCCAAAGUUGCCGUCGAAGAAUACAACUCCCACCCUCAAUACAGCUUCGCCUACGAUGUACAAGACGGACUCACUGGUGACUCCAAGACCCAGCACGAGACUCGCGACGGAGACGUCGUCCAGGGCUCCUACUCGGUCGUCGACCCUGACGGCACCAAGCGCACUGUGGAGUACACCGCUGAUGACCACAACGGCUUCAACGCUGUUGUACACAAAGAACCAGUUGCUCUGAAAGUGGCCGCACCUUUGGUCGCUAAGGUCGCCGCCCCAGUGGCCUACGCUGCCGCCCCCGCUCUCCACGCCGCCCCUGUGGUUCACGCUGCCCCGGUCGCUAAGCUGGCAGCGCCCCUUGCCUACGCCGCUCCUGUAUACCAUCACUAAGCACAAACUAGUCAAUUGAAACGCUGUAAUUCCUGUAUUAUUAUUUAUUUAAGCACAUGCCAUAGAAAAAUAAACUUUGUAUUUUUUUAA